AUGUUGUCGGUGCUCCUUAGAGAUACAUUUACAAACGACUCUGCCUUCACCCAGAUCCUCCUACAAUUUGUAGACACCUUUGAUUUUCACAAACCCAGGGGCAAUGCUGUCAACGCAUUCCAUUCUUCCAGUUCGCACUUUCUCUAUUCUCCAGUCUUUGGAUCCUUGCAGCACCAACAAAAGCAGAGUUACCCCAACCCCAUUGUUUCCAACCGCGGUGAGAACACAAUCAGUUUAAAUGUAUGCACAACCAGUGCUGAGGAGAAGCAAAAGAAGCGCCGAAAUCGAACAACAUUUACAAGUUUCCAGCUAAAUGAAAUGGAACGCAUAUUUCAGAAAACUCACUAUCCAGACGUUUAUGCAAGAGAGCAGUUGGCACUGAGAACGGGUCUCACUGAGGCACGAGUCCAAGUGUGGUUUCAGAAUCGACGAGCAAAAUGGAGGAAGAGAGAGCGCCUCUGCAAUGGUACUGGCAUCAAUGGUGCUGGUGCCAUCUCUCCAAUACCGUCCAUCUUCCCUUACAGCGAGUUUUCCGAUGGCACGGGUGUAUUUACUGAUAGUCUGCGCAAGAACUUUGAAUAUUCAGAGGUUCCUUUUCCAUCUGAUAUAAGUUCUGCAAAUAAAUUACCUUACGGCACUGAAUAUCCUCCCUUUCUGUGCAAUCCGAUGCGACCAAAUAGCCAACAAAAAACAUACUUGUCAAAGUAUGUUAGAACAUCAUCCAGUCAGGCCCCUUUUGACGAGGCUUCACGCAUCUUCAGCUCAUUGAUGCCAAAAUUGUGCAAUCCCGUGGUCGACAACUCACCACCACCUCCGCCGCCUAUUCUUUCCCCACGUCCUGCGCCUUCUCAACACAAUGAACAGCUACAAACACAUGUAUACCAGGAUUCACAAUUGUGCUUUAAUUUGCAUGGGAAUCUGAAAACUUCAAGCGGAAUUUCACGCCUCAUGAAGGAAUGGCCCGAGGCAGAGGAUGUUCGGUGGGCACUGCACAACGGUCAGUGGAGUAAACAAAGCCAAACAGGAAUGGCUGCUAGGACACAGUCGCUCAUGUAUACUCCAACGUUCGAUGGCUACGCAAAGCAGUACGGAGUUCACGAGAGUAAUGAAACGGCACUGUCAACUUUGAAUAAGUAA